CAUGUUUGCAGCUGAUUACUCCUCGCCAAGUAACCUAAAACCCUAACCUCCUCUUCCUCUUUAUAUUAGCACAUACGGUGCCGCCUCUUCUCUUCCCUCUCAGUCUUCUUCACCCAGAACCCCUUUCACCUCUCGCUCUCCGAAGAUAAUUGACAAUGAGUCGAGGAGCUGCAGCAGGCCCCAAGGGGAAGAAGAAGGGAGUGGCUUUUACCAUUGAUUGUGGUAAGCCAGUAGAAGACAAGAUCAUGGAUAUUGCAUCCCUCGAGAAGUUUCUCCAGGAGAGGAUCAAGGUUGGAGGCAAGGCUGGUGCCCUUGGUGACGCUGUUACUGUGACUCGUGACAAGAGCAAGCUGACCGUCUCCUCUGACAACAACUUCUCUAAGAGAUAUCUGAAGUACUUGACCAAAAAGUAUCUGAAGAAACACAACGUCCGAGACUGGCUUCGUGUUAUUGCUUCCAACAAGGACCGAAAUGUCUAUGAAUUGAGGUACUUCAACAUAGCUGAGAAUGAAGCAGAGGAGGAAGAUUGAUAUUCGGGAAUAUUUUUGUCGAACCUUACUGUUUUCUUUGUGGCACUUUGGUGAAUUAAUGCCGUUUUGCAAUUUUGUUUUCUUAAAUCUAGUUGUGAGAUAUUGCUACUAUUGGACAAGAUUAUAAGGUGUUCAAUUCAUGUUUAACCAAUUGAUCGGGCUUAUCAA